AUGAAGCUGAACCUGUUCAAGCGGUCGAUGAUCUUCGCAACAUUCUUCGGCGCUUGCCUCUGCAUCGCGCUGAUCGUCGGCUCGUUGGGCACUACGCGCUGGGUGGAGGCGAGGGCGCGGCGCGCCUCCAAUCCGCUAGUGUCCGAGGGUCGGAUCAGCUUCGGCCUGUUCGAGGGUCGAAAGGAGCUGAACGUAGCCUACGGCUGGCGCAUCUACAACGUCAGCGUUAAGGCGGGCACACACCCGGCGCGCCGCUGGGCGUGGUGCGGCACCGCAGCGCAGCUCGGCGUGGCGGUGGCGGCCGCCGGCGGGGCCUGCGCCCUCGCCGCCCUGGGCUCCGCCGCGAGGGAGAGGUGCUCGCCCAAGCCGCUCCUGGUGUGCAACUGCGCUGCAGUGCUCUUCUCUCUGGGCGCGAUAGCGGUAUGGCUGACGGAGUACUUCCUGAGGCUGCAGCACAACGUGAUGUCGGAGGAGGACCUAGCCAACACCUGGUCUUCCGACGGCAUGGCGGACCUUGGACUGUCGUUCUGGCUGGUGGUGGCGGCCAUCAUUGCGGCGAUUAUCAACAACGUGUGCAUCCUGAUAGCUAUGGCCGAUGGCAGAGAAGCGGACACAGUGGCACCAGCUUUAGAAGAGAAAGUGAAUGGAGCAAUCAUGCUCUAU